AAGGUCCAGCCUGGAUGACUAGAGACUUCCAAAAUCAAUACUGUGGUUUUUGGACUUUUCAACUACUCUACUCUGAGCCUCUGUAGCAUUUGCAGUAGCACGUGACAUAAUUACCAAUUUAUCAUUUGGCCUAAGUGAAAAUGCGGAAACUGUUUUAUCUCAAGAGAACCUCUGGAAGUAGCUUUUUAAAAAUGAAAAUUACUGGGGCAGUGGAGCGCAGUGUGUGGUCCCAACUACUCAAGGAGGCCAAGGAAUUACCUAGACAAGACAGAUGCUACAAAGAAAAAGUGAUGCUUGAACCAAAUGAAGCAAUGUCAGAUAAAUGCCUCAUUGGAUGCAGACUAAGAUUGGCCAACAAACAUUAUUCUUCACCAAUACAAGUCUCUCAAAGUGUAGCUAAGACAUUCUCAGAAAUGAAGGAAGUCUCUUCAAAAAAGAUUGAAAAUAAAGUCUCUUUAAAGAAUACUGAAAAAAGAGUAUUUUCAAAAAGUAUUGAAAAUAAAGAUUUCUUAACAAAUCUACAGUCUGACUUAUGGCCAUCUUCCUUCUUAAAACAAAGUACAGGUGAAGGAGGCAAAGAUGCAGUUAUUGCAAAGCAGGAGAAAAAUAAUGAAUAUUGUGUUCAGGGUAUUGAUAAGUUGUCAGAAUCAACGGAUGCUGAUGGUGAGGAUGAUACCAGUGAUGAAGAUGAUGAAGACAGUAACCCUAAAAAGGAUACUCGUGCCCCAUUAGAGUUGAUGGCAGAAUUCCUGAGAGCAGAAAUGGGCCGAGACUACCAUCUUGCAAAAAAAUUAUGUCAGAUGAUCCUAAUCUACGAACCAGAAAAUCCUGAGGCCAAGGAGUUUUUAUCACUUAUUGAAGAAGUGUUGCUGAUGGAGAAAGCUCAGAAUCUCAAGGAAGAUGAGGAAGAUAGCGAAGAAGACAGCAGUGGUGAGAGCGAGGAAGAAAGCAGCGAGGACACAAGUGAGGAGAGUUCUGAUGAAUGUGAAGAUGGAUCUUGAGGGUCGCUGGGUGGUUCAGCUUUGUGUAUUUUCAUUAUUGUAUUUCACGCACAUAUAAAGAGGGAGAGCUGCGUCUUUGUCUAUUUGUUCUUUCUUUGGUACAGAGUUCUUUUCAGUUAUCCAUAUUCUCAGUUUGAGCUCCUUCCUUAUAUUUAAGCCUUAACUCAGUGUGAAUUAGGAAAUAAUAUGUGCCGGGUCCUGUUCAAACUGCUGUACACACAUUAGUGUAUUUAAUUGAACAACCCCAUGAACUUGACCCAUUCUACAGAUGAGUAACUGAAGUGCAGAGAGGGUAAGUAGUUUACUCAGCAUCUUGUGCACCUAUUACUUUAUAGAGCCUGGAUUUAGAUGGUGGUCAUCAUGGCUCCAGAAGUCAUACUUUCAGUCCCCAUGAAGGACCACCACAUCAGGCACUUUUAGGUCAUUUGGUUUGUUCUUUCUGGCAUGUAUCAGCUCUGAAACACUUCAUUACUUGUUCUUCUUAUCCUCUCCCUAGCUGGCAUAGUACAUAAUCUCCAUGAAGCAGGACAUUUUCUUUUUCACUAUUGUAUCCCUAGCAACUGGACAAGUGCCUGGCAAAUAAUAGGCUGUGUAUACACCAAGUGAAUAAAUGAAGUGAAAGCUAAAGAAAAUGAACCAUUUACAAGGCUUUCCACUUCUUAUGUGUCAAUCAACAUCAUUUUGCUGAUUCUGUAGUCCUUAAUGGAUCCCUGCCACUUUCAAAUUAGGUUGUAAGGUAACUGAGGUAAAAGUGAGAAAAAUAUUCCUAAGUAAUUUGUUUAUGAAUGUACCAAUCCAAUUGGAGGGUAAACAUCUUGGCUCUUUAUUUUUAUGUUAGCACAAUGUCAUGAUAUUUGCAGCAUUUUGUGACCACCCCUGCCCCAUCAGAAGUUCACAAAAUAUCAAAUUGAUGCUGAAAACUAAAUGUGUUACAGUGCAAUUUUUAGUUUUCUUGUAAAGCUAUAGAGUAAUUCUAAGGAAGAAACUAUGAAUAAAAAGUCAUAAUAUCAUAGGCCAUGUUACAAUUAAAUCUAAGAAUUUACAAGUCUUGCUCAUCCAGCAUGGUCUCUCCCUGUAAUUCAUCCUACUUGCACUUUUUAAUCAAUGAAAAUUGGUGUGUUGGCAUAGCCUGACACUAGGUAUGUGGGUCUUUAUGUAGUAACAAUAAUAAAAAAAGUAAUCUACAAAGUAU